UUAGCACGGGUCAUUGAGACAUACCAUCCCACGUGGAUGGACGGCGAGAAUCGUCCCGGCUUCACGCCCUUUACCGGUAAAGGCAAGUCCAGCGCCGCUUCCAUGGCUGUCAAGGUCGGCCAGGAUGCUGUAUAUGGCGAGUUCGUCCGCAAGAUACCAGACAACAUCACGCACCAUAUCGUCGCCUACGACCCAAUCACCGGAUUCCUUCGCGACGCCCCAGUACCCUCAUACCCCGACGCUAAGUCUAUAGCCGCAGACCUCAAAACCGCGGAGAAACAUGAACAAGAAGUACAGGCUGCGCUCGCCGCAGCGCUCAAGGGCAAUACCCGCAAAGGCCAUCUAGACCCCCUAAUCAGCUCUGAGUCCAACCGGGCACCGGAGCUCCUCCGCCGCGGCUACCCUCCCGAGAUCGCCGCCGAGCUCCUCGAAAUGCUCCUCGGUCUCGACGCAUGGCCCAAAAACGUCAUCGCCGUGAUCGGCGAAAAUGCCUCCUGGAAAGCGCUCGCGGUCGCCUGCGCUGAGCGCGGCAUAACCGCCCGCAAUCUAUCAAUCGAUACCUGGAAUGCUAACGCCGCCGCGGAAGGCCGCGUUCCCCUCGGCCGUCUCGACCUCCUCCUCUCCGGCGCAAACCGCCCCCAACCUCAAACCGGCAGCAAGGAAUCAACCACAGUUUGGAUAACCACUUACCACUCCGUGCGUGGCCUCGACAUCCCGGAUGUAAACCACGCCUAUAUCCUGCACCGCGUCGACAGAGUCCGGCAAUACAUCACAUAUGCCGGGCGCGUGGGACGAUGGCCUUUCACCUCCUCCGCCGAAGCCAGCCGUGAUCCCCGCUUCCUCGGAAACGAUCCCCGCCCCAAAGCCAAGGUCGUCAGUGUACUCCUGGAGGAGAACUCUGUUGGCGGCGAAGAAGUUGAGCUCGGAUACUCGGCCGUCAUUAGUGAUGGCAGCGAUUCAGAGAAGUGGACGUGGAGGAAUGAGGCGUUGCGACUGGCAAAAAUUGGUCUCGGCGUCGAGAAGUAU